GCUCGUGGUCUUCGCGAACGAGCUUGCGCCAUGCGCCGAUUCAAAUUUCGAAACUCGAAACACGUUUCGAACGCAAGAUUUAAUAUUGAAUCUUAAAUUUACCUAUCAUUCCUGUGUUAGUAAAUAAAAAAAAAAUAAGUGGUAAAUUCAUAUCGUGCUAAUUCUGUAACUGUGAUCAGAAAUCACAACAAAUUAAUUUCUUACCUGCGCAUUUUAUUGAGAUCUAAUACUUGGUUCAAUUGUUUUUUAUGUGAUGUUUGGCAUAGUGUUUUAAGAUUUAUUUUCUUUAUUUUGGAUGAAAUAAAUUUAUUAAGCGGUUUUAUUGGUAAGUGCCCAGGUUUGAAGACACUAUGGUUUAAUCUAUUUUAAUGAAUCAAUUAUAUAAGUUAUUAAAAAGCAUAACAGUGUGUGAAUAAUGUACUGAACAAUCAUUUGACUAAUCAGUGUUUAUAUAUAUAAGUGACAUAAAAAUUUCGUUUAUACCAAUUAUGUGAAAAAAAAAAACAUUCGUGAUGUGGUUUGCGGCGCUAGUGUAUUUUUCUGCUCAUUUGGGCAUGUCUGCUGGUGGCGGCGGUACCAGUGGUGACACGAUCGGAGGUGUCAACCUUGCCAGCGGGGGUACUGCCACCCCGAGUGAACUCACCUUCAUGACAGACAUCAAUGCUACAGUCUCCUCAGAGAAUAUGGGGCAGCCAUACUUCGAUAACGCCACCAAACGUGACUACACGGCAGCCGUGGGACAACCAGCUUAUUUGCACUGUAGAGUGAAGAACUUAGCUGAUCGCGCUGUAUCGUGGAUUCGCAAAAGAGACCUGCACAUCCUGACAGUUGGUGUCCACACGUACAGCAGCGAUGCCCGGUUCGCGGCUCUCCACACGGAUGGAUCUGAUGAGUGGACGUUGAGGGUGGCGCCUGCGCAGCCGCGAGACUCCGGCGGAUACGAAUGCCAAGUUUCCACAGAGCCUAAAAUCAGUUUGUCAUUUCGACUAACUGUAGUUGUGUCAAAAGCAGAGAUCCUCUCGGGGCCAGAGUUGUUCGUGCGAGCCGGUUCUGACAUUAACUUGACCUGCAUCGCAAGACACGCUCCGGACCCACCAAGUUUUAUCUACUGGUACCGAGGCGCACACGUCGUAAAUUAUGCUCAACGCGGUGGAAUUAGUGUGGAAACAGAACAAAGGACGCGUACCAGUCGUCUUCUCAUAGCACGAGCGUCGCCGAGGGACUCUGGAAACUACACGUGUGCGCCCAGUAGCUCUGAUUCGGCUUCUGUGGUUGUCCACGUGGUGAGUGGCGAACGGCCAGCGGCAAUGCAAAGCAACGCAAUCCAGGUGACUCCAUCAUUACCGUCGAUGAUAAUUCUACUAGUAAACUUGAACCAGAGUAGAUCAGUCCUCAGCAAUACAAUAGAGUGUACUUUUCGUUUGACCGAAAAGAUUUUAAUAUAUUUCGUAAUAGCUAUAAAUUUCUUGUGGCCCAACCGCGUUAGAAGAUUCAUAACAAGAUGACCAAAAUAUGAGAAUUAAAAAAAAUAUUAUGCACGUAAACUUAAUAAGUACGAUAUAAGAGAAUUGUAAGCAAAAUCUGAUACCGUAUUAAGAAACGAAUUAUUGUAAUAAGUGUCCCAUUAUUAGAAACUAAUGGUAUUCGAUUUGCAUUGAUGUUAUUAAUGUUAUAUCGAUUGUUUAAAAUAAUGAAGCAACAUCUCACUUGACGGUAUAAUAUGUUACUUUUAAACAAAAUAAAACAAAAAUUGUUGUUUUAAUAUCGAAUAGUUUAUUUCAUCGAAACGAUAUCGUUUUUCUUAAGGUUGUGCUAAUGUUUCUUGUAAAUAAUAUUCUAAUUAUUAUUAUUAAUAACAGAUCAGGAUUUUAUAGUAAUGUAGUAUCAAUAUGUAAUAUUCGAAAAAAAAUACGGUCCUACUUUGUAGAUUUUCUUUAUAUGUACCAUUAUUUGUGUAUUAUUAUAACGACUAUGUUCAACUUCUAAUUAAUUACAUACAAUUUAACAAUAAUAUUUUUUUUUUGUAAAUUGAUAUUUUAUUUUUUAACUUAAUACAAUACUUAAUUUAACCGUAACAAUGAUAAUUUUGUUCAAAGUACCUUUAAGCUUUACAUUGUUAUAUAUUUGUCGUAUUUUUUUUUUGAUGUUUUAUAUCAUUUUGUAAUAAAACUUAAACGUAAAAAUAGUCCGCAAUAUUUUGUAAAUAAUAAUUUUUCUUUGUGUAGUCUUUUCUACGACAUAGAAUGGGGUAUUAGGAAUCAAUGUUAAAGCUUUGUUUCCGGUUUAUAUUAUAAUAUCGGAGAUAGAUGAACUUAAAUCUAAUGAUAAAUUGUAAAAACGUUAGUUUGAAAUUGUAAAUAAAUUUUGUAAAUAAAACAU